GACCACCGCUAUUCCAACUGAUUGGGAUUGUUUUGUUUUGUCGGUGCGAAAAUAUUUUAUCCUGCCGACUGAAGUACACAUCAUGGGUUUCCUAUAUAUUCUCGGCUGGAUUUCCCUGGGCAUACAGAUCGUGUUCCUUACGUUGUCGAUAGUGGCUGGCCUCUACUACCUGGCUGAACUGGCAGAGGAGUACACCACGGCGGCGAGGAAGUGCAUCCUUGGCUUUAUCAGCUUCACCAUCUUUGUCUAUAUAAUGCUGAUGGUGUUCGAGGAUCUGCCGUGGAGCAUGAUAAUAUGCGGAUUCGUUGCCCAGGGCUUCCAUUUGGCCAUAAUGGGCGGUUUCCCCUUUGUCCGCCUCCUUUCGUUGCCGCUCCUGGGAUCGUUGGCCAUGUUGGUGGUCAAUCACUUCCUGGCUUUUCAGUAUUUCACUACCGUCUACGUUCCAUUCACGCAGGUGCUGGCAUAUUUCACGAUUUGCAUGUGGAUCGUGCCCUUUGCCUUGUUCGUGUCUCUCAGCGCCAAUGACAGCGUCCUGCCCACCACCGUCAGCGACCAGAACCGGCGCAGUCCGGACGUGGUCAGCAACUACUUUUCGCGAAACAAAAAACAAGGGCUGCUGUCCCUGUUCCAGUAUCUGAAAGAGUCUCUGCUCCCGGGUCGGAGCAAGAAGACCUUCUAAGAUUAAUCAAGUUCCAAUGUUUAUUUAUUUUUGUAGCCGCAUCGAGUAUACAGCCGCAAAAGUAUACAAUGCGCCAUGCUAGUAUGACAUUCGUGAUCUGUUUAUUUUUGAUUGCACUUUAUAUGCAGCCUAAGCAAUAUAUGUAUGUCGGGAAAUAAGAAUUAAGAUGGAGACCAAACAAUGAUCUUAUUUAUCUAUUUAAAUAAUAUGUGAAUGUAAAACGCAA